CUAUACUUCUUCCUUGGUUUGAUGUGUUUCGUGAGAUCAGACACAGAUGAUACAUGCCCUUCAUUCACCAAGCUGAGCUUCCACAGUGCUGUGGUUGGCACAGGAUUAAACGUGAAGUUAAUGCUCUACACGAAGAAAAACCUGAGCUGUGCACAACUCAUCAAUUCCACAGCAUUUGGGAACUUGAACGUGACCAAGAAAACUACCUUCAUUGUCCAUGGAUUCAGGCUAACAGGCUCUCCUCCAGUCUGGAUGGAGGACUUAGUACAGGGUUUGCUCCUUGUAGAAGACAUGAACGUGGUGGUUGUUGAUUGGAAUCGAGGAGCUACAACAGUCAUAUACUCGCAUGCCUCUAGUAGGACCAGAACAGUAGCUGUCAUCUUGAAGGACUUCAUUGACAAGUUGUUGGCUGAAGGAGGUUCUCUUGACAACAUUUAUAUGAUUGGAGUAAGUCUGGGAGCCCACAUAUCUGGAUUUGUUGGAGAGAUGUAUGGCGGGCAGCUGGGGAGAAUUACAGGUCUUGACCCUGCGGGCCCUUUAUUCAAUGGGAGACCUCCCCAGGACAGAUUAGACCCCAGCGAUGCGAAGUUCGUGGAUGUCAUCCACUCCGACACUGACGCACUGGGCUACAAGGAACCAUUAGGAAACAUAGACUUCUACCCAAAUGGAGGGUUGGAUCAACCUGGCUGUCCCAAAACCAUAUUUGGAGGCUCUCAGUAUUUCAAGUGUGAUCACCAGAGGUCUGUGUACCUGUACCUCGCCUCGCUGAGAGAGAGCUGUGCCAUCACCGCUUACCCGUGUGACUCCUACAGGGAUUACAGGAAUGGCAAGUGUGUCAACUGUGGCAUGCCACAAAAGGUGUCCUGUCCCCUGGUGGGCUAUUAUGCUGAUAACUGGAAAGAUUACUUGAGGGAGAAAGAUCCUCCAGUGACUACAGCAUUCUUUGACACGGCUGAGAAGGAACCAUUCUGCCUAUAUCAUUAUUUUGUGGACAUUUUAUCUUGGAACAAGAACAUAAGAAGGGGGUCCAUUAUAAUCAAACUGACAGACAAAGAUGGAAACACCACAGAAUCAAAAAUCAACCAUGAACCAGCCACAUUUCAGAAAUAUCAGCAAGUGAGUCUGCUGGCAAGAUUUAAUCAAGAUCUAGAUAAAGUGGCUGCUGUGUCCUUGGUGUUCUCUACAGGGUCUGUGAUAGGCCCAAAGUACAAGCUCAGGAUCCUCCGGAUGAAGCUCAGGUCCCUUGUCCAUCCAGAGAGGGCACAGUUGUGUCGGUAUGAUCUUGUCCUGAUGGAAAAUGUGGAGACAGUCUUCCAACCUAUUCUGUGCUCAAAGCUGCAGAUGUAGCUGCUGGCAGUGCUCAGAGGCAGUGGCAAUGUCUAGCAGACAGC